AUGUCAUUUUCUUAUGCAAGAACAUUAGUGUCUGGAUCUGUUAUUUCAGAUUUAGAAGGUGAUAAACUUAUCCUUCCACCUUUUGUACUCGAAGAACUUUUACGAACGGCCAGUCAAUCCGUACCCAGUGAUUUCUCGGAUGCACAACUUCCUUAUCCUAUAACUUUUCAGAUCACUAAUCCAAGAACAAGAUUAAUAACUCAUGGUGGUGUCCUUGAAUUUAACGCAAAGGACGAGAAAGCUUACUUACCACAAUGGAUGCACGAUUCGUUAUCACUUACUAAUGGUUCGGAAGUUAUUAUCCGAUUAAAGGAAUUGCCUAAAGGUACAUGGGCUCGAUUCCGUCCAAUGAAUACAGAUUACAAAGAAAUUUCGGAUUAUAGAGCUGCAUUUGAAGGAUAUUUGAGAUCUCAUUAUACUACUUUAACCGCAGGUGAAAUUCUAACCAUAAAGCAAGCUGAUACUUCGUACCAAUUUUUGGUGGAAUCUCUUAAACCCUCAAAUGCUGUUAGAAUCGUAGAUACAGACUUAGAAUUAGAGAUAGAACCACUUGAGGCCCACAAUGCUUUCAAAACUUUUAAAGGUGAUAUAGAAAACGACAUACAUGUUGGAAAAGUUGCAAAUGGAAAAGUUAGCAAAAAUGUUUAUGGAUAUUGGAAUGUAUUAGGAAUUGACAAACUUCAUGGAUUAAAUAUAGAGUUGAGGAUUCAUACUGGGGAUGCAGGUAUUAUUAUAAUAUUGGCUUAUCGUCCAUUAAAUCAAAUGAAUUCAGAUCUUAUCAUAUCAACCGUUCGCAAUCCUACGCUUGAUUCACAUCUCUGGUCAAAUUUUGAAACCGCAUCAACGAAAAAUAUAUUCAUUCCGUCGUCGAAUUCAGAAUAUGCUACUAGUAACGAACUUUUUAUCGGUAUCCACGGAUUUGGUGAUGAGCCAGCGUCAUACGAAUUGGAAAUCACACCUUCUGAUCAACCGUCUAACUCGCAUAAUUCAGAAAAUGCCAUAACAAGUCAUGUAAACGAAAAUUCACCUGGGUAUAUUAAAUGCGACAAUUGUGAGAGUUGGAUACCUGAACGCACUAUUGCCCUGCAUUCGAGUUUUUGUCUAAGGAAUAACAUUAAAUGUAUAUUGUGUGGAAAAGUAAUGAAGAAAGGUGAAGAACAAAAACAUUGGCAUUGCGAAUAUUGUAAUAAGUCCGGUGAUUUUUCAGAGAAAGAAAAGCACCAAUUUGUAUUUCAUACGAUUCGUCAGUGUUCCUGCAGAUUUGAGACUGAAUCGCUUCCAGAAUUGGCUCAACACAAGCGGACCACGUGUCCUGAAAAACUAAUCACGUGUAGAUUCUGUCUUAACCUUGUUAAACAAGGUGAUCCAUCAACUAACCAACACGAUUUACUUGAAGGUUUAACAGCACAUGAAUCUUAUUGUGGAGGACGUACUACUACUUGCUUGAAAUGUCACCAACCGGUUAUCUUAAAAAAUGUUGCAACUCAUAAUAUGAAGCACGAGAUCGAAAAACAAAAUAAGAGAUUGCCACCACUUUGUAGGAAUAAAAAUUGUGUGAGAACCGCAGCUGAUAAUGUACUUAAAUUAUGCGCUACAUGUUUCGGACCAUUCUGGUCGCCAACAGCAGAUCCAGAGAAAAAAAUGUUAUAUACGAGAGUUGCUAGGAAAUAUCAUUCACAACUAACAACCGGAUGCAAGCAACAAUGGUGCAAAAAUUUGUACUGUGCUACAGGAAAUUCAACACCACAGGAUGCUACUACCGCAGCAUUAUCCUUAACACCUCUUUUAAAACAACUUCAAUCAUCUACUACAGCUUUUAUGUAUUUUUGCGUAGAUGAGUUAACAACGAGCAAACGCACACUUGCAAAUAUAUUAUAUAAAGGUGAAGAUGGAGAAAGCUUUGAAGGAGAGUAUGCGGACGAAUUUUGUGUUUAUGCAUUAGAGGUUGAAAAUGGUGAUCUUGUAGCAGCGCGAAAGUGGUUAAUUGAUAAUGCUCCAAAU